AUGCCCCCACCAGUCCAAUCUGCAUACAAGCGGAUCGCACAGCCCAAAGUAGGCGAGAACGGAUACCAAGAAUGCCAAUGUAGCAAGUCCGAAGUUCUUCCUGCUGGCUGGAACGGAUUCAACGCCAAGGCCCUGGAAAGCGAUAUCCAAAUCGACCACGAUGUUGAAAUUGUUGUUCGCGACGGAGUCCGCCUCUACGCCGAUGUAUACCGACCAGCCGGAACAACCGAUAAGGUCCCAGCCAUCUUGAGCUGGUCAUUCUACGGAAAGAAAUACAGCGCCCUUGACAUGCUACCGAUGUGCGUGUGGAAAUGCUGCGUUCCAUCCUCCGAUCUCAGUGGACUGGAGAAGUUCGAGGGCCUCGAUCCACAAGCAUGGUGUCCACGCGGUUACGCCAUUGUCAGUGUCGACACGCGCGGCGCCGGCCACAGCGACGGACAAAUCUGCGUUAUGGGAACACAAGAUGCGGAGGACGGGUACGAUGUCGUGGAGGCGAUUGCGCGUAUGGAUUGGUGUAAUGGCAACGUGGGGAUGGCUGGCAAUUCGGCACUCGCGAUCUCGCAGUGGUUUAUUGCUGCUCAGCAGCCACCUUCUCUGAAAGCAAUUGCGCCUUGGGAGGGAUCCGGUGAUCUUUUCCGAGAGCAGUUCUGUCGGGGAGGCUGGUUCUCUAUGAGCAACUUCGACCUUAUCGCAAAGUCUAUUGUUCGGGGUCAAGAGAACUCGGGCCUGGAGGACUUCGAGGAGAUGUACCGACGCUCACCCGUUUCCAGUCCUUUCUGGGAGGACAAAAGAGUGGAUAUGUCUCGUGUCAAGUGUCCGGUGUUCAUUCGAGGAUCGGAUGUCAGCUCUAUUCACACGAUGGGAUCUGUGCGUGGAUAUAUGGAAGUUCCCCAUUCUGAGAAGUGGAUUCAAUGGGGCAGCAAGCAGGAGUGGUAUGAACUUUACAGCGUACCUCAGUCCAUGGAAGAGCUGGGACUGUACUUUGAUCGGUACCUCAAAGACCAGGAAAAUGGAUGGGAGAAGACUCCCAAAGUUCGUUGGUCGGCCUUACAAUUUGGGGACCGCGAAGCCAUUGACGACAUUGUGCUUGAAGACUUCCCAGCUCCUACGACCGAGUAUCGGACUUUCUACCUUGGCAACGAAAAACUGUUAGUUGAAGCUCUUAUCUCAAGCUCUGAGCAAAUUUCAUAUGACUCCGAAGACCGCCACGAUUUCGGAGAGUUCAACUACACAUUCGAAAAGGCGAGCCGGUUGAUCGGGCUACCGAAAGCCGUGUUAUACAUGUCCUGCGAGGAACGUGAUGAUUUCACGGUGUUUGUGAUCCUUCGAAAGAAGGACAAGAAUGGGAAGGAUCUCAUGCAUCUCAAUUUCCCAUUCCACGCCACGCCAAUUUCAUCCAUUGAUGAAAUCCCAGAGGCUGACCAAGCAAGUCUCAACCUGCACCUUGGUUCGGUGGGUAUUCUGCGUGCCUCUCAAAGAGAGAUUGACCCAGCCCGGAGUAUUCACCCUCAGUUCCCAUUCCAUCCUCAUACGCGACAGGACAAGAUCACUCCAGGAACAAUCGUAAAGCUGGAGAUUGGUAUUUGGGCAAUGGGAGUGGACUUUGAAGAGGGCGAAUCAAUUAGUGUCAGAAUCGGAGGGCAAUAUCCCAGCAUUGCCGAGUACAAGACGUUUUCAAAGCCGAGGCCGGAGCAUGAGCUCAACCGUGGCAGGCAUACGAUCCACUGCAGCGAGGAAUAUCCUAGCUCUGUGAUUCUGCCUUUCAUUUGA